AGCAAUGCAUCUGACAACCGUGGUUGUCUAUGUCAUGGCCCCCGUCUUCAGCCGACUAAUUCCAUGCAGUAUAUCUCUAGCUGUACCAAAAGGAAAAGCCAAGAGUUACACUGUCUGCAACACAGAAGUAUGUAAAACGAGAGCACAGUCGCUUCUAAAAAGCAUCAACACAAGUGUCGACCCUUGCGACGACUUUUUCAGCUACGUGUGCGACGGCUGGAUCAAAGACCACCCGAUUCCAGAUACUGACAGCUCUUUCGGAACGUUUGAACAAACCGAAGAAAACAUGAAGAACGAACUUAAACGAAUAAUCGAAAAUGUAACUAACUUUGACCAACCGCAAAACUUGAUGGAGAUGGCGGCAACAAUGUACCAAGCAUGUAUAUGCGAAUAUUAUGAGGAAGAGCAACUCAUCCCUAUGGUGAAAGACCUUCUUCGUGAGUGGGGAUUCCCAUUAUGGCCCGCCAUGAGACCGACAGAAGUUCCUUAUAGAAACUAUACAGAACUUCUCGAGGCAACGUCCCUGUGGCCAUUUUUUUCUGUCAAUGUCGGUCAAGAUCUGAACGACACAAACCGUUUCAUCAUACAGUUAGAUGAGGCGCCAUUACCUAUCCUGGGCAGGCAGACACUCCUGAACCCCAAUGCUUCAGAUUUCAAUCGACGUAUUGUGGACGCAUACCUGUUUCUUAUUACCACAGCUGUAAUUGUUCUGAAUCCAAAUGCUACUGAAUACGAUGCUGGGAGUAUCGCAGAAAGAAUCUUCGUACUCGAAGCACGCCUCGCUUCGAUGACAGAGGACCCGGAUGAAAGAAGAGACAUCAAUGCGCUAUACCAAAAAAUCAGCAUUGGUGAUCUGAUGAAACAAGUGCCUAACAUACCGACUUUGGCAUGCUUAAACCGUACGUUUUCGCUGGCGAACAUAACUCUGAAUGAGACCGAGGAAGUCGCAAUAUUCGGGAUGUCCUACAUAAAAAAGGCCAACGAUUUUUUCGGUUGCAUAUAUGACCUAACGGACAUGUAUAACCUUGCCGGUUGGAGGCGUAUAUUCAAGCUUCUACUGCUGACGUCAAAGACAUUCUCGAAGGCUUGGCAGAAUCUGCUGCAAAUCGCGUACGGCGUGCGAAAAGAAAAACCGCAUUGGGAAUAUUGCCUCGCGAAGGUCACCAGUGCGAUGCCUUUCGUGGUUGGCAGAAUGUACGUCGAGAAGAACUUCAACGUCUCGGCGAAAAACGACGUGGAAGCGAUGAUAAAAAAUAUAACCACGACCUUCAAGGAGUCGCUCUCUUCAAGACCGUGGAUGACCGGCGAAACAAAACGAACAGCACUCAAAAAGGUUGACAAAAUCAUGCACAAGAUUGGAUUUCCAACAUGGAUUCUCAAUGAUACCGUUAUGGAAAACAAUUUUCAAUACGUCCAGUCAUUCAACAUAAGCACACCAUUCUUUAAAAUUGUACUAAUCUUUCAAGACAAUGCUGCCAUCAAGACGCUGCAAUUACUUAGGAAGAAACCAGACAAGAAAAACAGCUGGAUAACCUUCCCUACGGUGGUAAAUGCCUUCUACAGCCCCACGACAAACGAAAUGGUGUUUCCAGCCGGAAUACUCAGAGACUCCUUUUACCAGCACGGACUACCCCCGUCUGUCAACUACGGUGCGAUUGGCACAGUCAUUGGACACGAAAUGACACACGGAUUUGACAACCAAGGAAAGAAGUUCGAUGAGGAUGGGCGGCUGAGAAACUGGUGGAGCAAUUCGACACAAAAGAAGUUUGAUGCCAAGUCAAAGUGCUUCAUAGACCAAUACAGCGCCGUCUUUAGUGAACUGGCCAACAGAACGCUGUACCUGCACCUGUAG